AACACUCUAAUUGGGACUAAGAAAACUCUUGUUUUCUAUAAAGGCCGUGUUUCCCGCGGUGUCAAGUCCAUCUGGGUUAUUCACGAAUAUCACGCUGUUACCUUUCAUGAGAGCCAGAGGACUUUUGUUUUAUGUCGCUUGAUGAAGAAACCUGGGAAAACAACUGAAGGCGGAACUGAUGCACUCAUCUGUGAUGAAGGGGAGCCCAGUAGACACAUGAUUUCUGUCUAUGGAAAUCAGGAAAAAGCAGAAGGAAUUCCAUCUGGAAGUACUUGUAUUGGAAUGGAAACAAUCCUUCAGGCAACCCCUCAGGCAGAGAAAUACUUCUCUCCAAUACACCAGAGUCAAACUGGUAUUGAGGAAGAAGCAUCUUUUUCAAGCUAUCCAUUUAACAAUGCCUAUUUUAGAAAUGAAAACAACCCUAUGCAGACUUAUUUGAAACUACAGAGGAAAUGCAGACUUCAUUUGAAAUUACUGAGGAAGUUGAAUUCCUAAACUCAAUUUUAGUUGAUGAGAGUUUUGUUAUCGAUAAAGAAAGUAUGCAUGUUUUUGUUAAUAGCUCCACCCAAUCAGAGUCAUUGAGUGAUACAGAUGCAGAAGUUGUCUCUAAACUGGUAAAGAUACGUUAUCCAAAGUCCAAAUAAUAUAGGGGAGUGUAUCUCCAUAUGUUUCUGAACUGGCAUUGGUUUUAAAGGUUAAAAUUGCAGUGUGCAUUGAUGUGAUGUGAAUUUUGCCACAUUUUUUGGCAAUAUUUAGUGAUUUUCUCGUAUAGAUUCUAAACAGACACUGAAGUGAAAUGUCUGGUUUGAGUUGAGUUUGAUUUUUUGUUGUGAUUCAUGAUCAUGGUUUGAGUUGAA